CUCAACGAAACAUUCUACACACGUGUAUCGUAAUACUGAUAAUAUUAUUCAACAUAUGAUAUUUCUGUGCAUUCCUCUGGAUAUUUUCAACCCGACUAAAUGUUUUCUAACGUUUCCUGACAACUUAUAAAAAAUAACAGAUAAAAAUGUCAAAAGUUACUAAACGUAAACAUGUUACAAAGCUUCAAGAGGAUUUUAGUAUUCCCUUGGAAUCACAAUCAAUAGUUCAGCUUGUCGAGCCGCGGGGUAAUAAUCUUCAUGAAGUGAGUGACAGUACAGGCGAACGAUUUCUCGUUUCAAUGCCGAGUAUUUUUCGAAAUAAUGUUUAUGUAAAACGGGGUGACUUUGUUCUCGUCGCGUCUAUACCCGAGGGUGACAAAGUCAAGGCCGAAAUUAUUAAAGUCCUUACUGAGGAACAUAUCAAAUACUACCGAUCGCAAAGUGUGUGGCCAAAAGAGUUCGAUAAGACGGAAGCUGAAGACAAAGAUCCUCAUCCUGUAAAUAAAUCCAACAAUGAUAGUGAUGACGAUGAUGAUCUUUUUAUAAACACCAACCGUAAUAAUCAGUACACUAAUAUCGACAGUUCAUCAACUUCUGACUCAGAUGAUUGAUAAAUAAUUAAAUAAAAAUAUUAUUUGUAAUUUAAUUAAUAAAUUAAGUAGCAAUAAAAAUUUUUAAAUGAAUAAUAGUAUAUUGUACAACUAGUGCGGUAAGUUGUCGAUUGCCCACGAGAGCAAAGUUGAGCGCACGAACGAAGUGAGUGCGCUCAUUUGCUCGAGUGGGUAAUCGACAACACCGCACGAAUUGAACACAGUUUUUUUUAUCAUUAAUGCAGUAUAAGUUCUAUCUUAGUGCUCGCUGUUUUAUUCUCCAAGUAGCUUUUUGCUGAUUCAACUGUUGUCGCGACAUUUUUGUGGGUUAAACGAUAAUCUGCAUGCGACAAGAAGUAAAUUUGAGUGCGACAAGUUUACUUGUCGCACUCAAAUUUACUUGUCGCACGCAGAUAAUCGUUUAACGCACACAAAUGUCGUGGAAACAGUUGAAUGGGCAAACAGCUAUUUGGCGAACAAAAGAGCGUGCACUAAGAUAGCACUUAUAUUGCAUGAGUGAUAAAAAAAUAGUUUAUUUUAUUCAUAUUUUUAUUUUCGAAAGUAA